AUGAACCCUACCGCCGACAAGGAGGUGCUCAUAGAGCGCAUCCGCUUCCAGGACGACGAGGAACGCGGACGUCCAAGGAGGACAUCGCGCGAGAGGCCAGGGCGUGCCAUCUCGUCCGACUCGAUCAACAGUGUGAGGACGAGGGCUCACUCGCGCGAUGCUGCUCUCGCCCUUCCCAUCCAGUACCGCACCAUAGAAGAGUCCAAGGGCAAGGAUCGAGCAGAGGCUCAAAAGGCCAAGGUCGAUGCAGCCAAAGACCUCACGGACCUCGAGUGGCAUACCAUCGGGGCAGACCAAGUAGCCCAACGCCUUCGCACCUCGCCAACAGCCGGUCUCGAGACGGAACAGAUCAAGAAGCGCCAGGCGGAAUACGGCAGGAACGCUCCAUCUCCCGCCCAGACGCGCUGGUUCAGCACGGUAAUGGGCUACUUCUUCAAGGGAUUCGGAUCCGUCCUCCUAGUAGCCAGCAUCCUCGUCUUCAUCUCGUGGAAGCCUCUUGGCGAUCCGCCAGCCGUGGCCAACCUGGCACUGGCCAUUGUCCUUCUGGCCGUCUUCGUCAUACAAGCCCUGUUCAACAUGUUUCAGGACUGGUCCACCACGCGCGUCAUGUCAUCCAUCAAGCACAUGCUCCCCGAGGAGUGCGAGGUGAUUCGUGAGGGCGUCGUCGUCCGCCCUCCCGCCUCCGAGAUCGUCCCGGGAGACCUGGUCAGGGCCAAGUCCGGCGACAAGCUGCCUGCCGACAUGCGCUUCGUCCAGGUCUCGUCCGACGCCAAGUUCGACCGCUCCGUGCUGACGGGCGAGUCGCGUCCCGUGCCGGCCACCGUCGACCACACCGACACAAACUAUCUCGAGACCUUCAACAUAGGCCUGCAGGGGACGCACUGCACCGUGGGAUCCUGCAUGGGCAUCGUCGUUGCCACCGGCGACAGGACCGUCUUCGGACGCAUCGCUAAGCUGACCAGCGAGCCCGAGACGAAGAUGACCACCCUCGAGAGGGAGCUCAUGUACUUUGUCAUCUUCAUCUGCUGCGUCAUGUUUACCAUGGCUGCCAUUGCCGUGACCGUGUGGGGCGCGUGGCUUCACAAGGACCACCCGGACUUCAUCAACGUGCCCACUCUCAUCGUCAGCCUGGUCAGCGUCACUGUCGCCUUCAUGCCAGAGGGUCUCCCCGUCGCCUUGACGGCCGGUCUGACCAUAACGGCCAACCUGAUGCGCAAGGAGAAGAUUCUGUGCAAGUCUCUCAAGACGGUCGAGACGCUAGGAUCCGUCUCGGUCGUGUGUUCGGACAAGACAGGGACUCUGACAGAGGGAACAAUGACAGUUACAGAGGCUGUCGUCGGACUGAACAGCAUGUCGGUGGACGAUGCCGCCUCUGCUCCUCGUGAGAGCGGCAGUUCCCUGCGUCAGCUACGCGCCAUGUCAGCCCUCUGCAACGCCGGUGAGAUGGACGCCGCCACCUCCAGCCUGCCCCUGACCGAGAGAAGGAUCUUUGGAGACGCUACCGACCAGGCCAUUCUGCGCUUUGCCGAGGCCGUCGAGUCCGGGGGCGUGGCAUACCUCCGUGCUUGCUGGAGUAUGACCUUUGAGCUCGGCUUCAACAGUAAGAAUAAGUUUAUGAUUCGGUGCUUCUCUAUUGCGAAGACAGAGUGCCUCCCGCAGACUCUCUCCCGGCUCGAAGCCGGUACCUUUGGCGACAAGGACAUGCUAUUGACCAUCAAAGGUGCCCCCGAUGUCAUCGUCGACAGGUGCACGCAGUACGUGACUGCCACGGGUGACAUGGCGCCUAUCGACAAGAGCAUCAAGAUGCGCAUCGACUACCUCAAGAACCGGUACUCGUCUCAGGGAAAGAGGUGUCUCCUGCUCGCACGCAAGGUCGUCCCCCUGGACCAGGUCUGCGGCGAACCCAGGACCACCGAGCAGGAGGCUUCCAUCCUGGAGCACUCCAGGUCCGGUCUUGUUCUUGUCGGCCUCGUUGCCAUCGUGGACCCUCUUCGGCCUGAGAUCCCUGACGUCGUGAGGACUCUUCGCGGCGCCGGAAUCCGCGUGGCUAUGGUCACCGGUGACUUUGCCCUUACCGCGCUCGCCAUUGCCCGCGAUGCCGGCAUCGUCACCUCGGAAACAGUGGACGGGCCGAGCGACCUGAGACGGACGCCCGACGACGAGGACCUCAAGUCGACAGCGGCCGCGCCACAGAUCAUACGCCACCCCGGGGCUAUCGUCCUCAGCGGCCCGGACCUCAUCUCGCUCACGGAGUACCAAUGGUCGACGCUGACGCGGUACCGAGAGGUUGUGUUUGCGCGCACCACGCCGGAGCAGAAACUGCGCAUCGUCAGGGAGUUUCAGAAUGAGAACGUCGUUGCCAUGACUGGCGACGGCGUCAAUGAUGCCCCGUCGCUCAAGGCGGCCGACGUCGGCGUCGCCCUCGGCAGCGGAUCCGACAUCGCCAUAGAGGCGGCCGACAUGAUCCUCCUGGACUCCUUCUCGUCCUUUCUCUCGGCCGUCCAGUACGGCAGAGUUGUGUUUGAUAACCUCAAGAAGGUCAUCUGCUACCUCUUACCUGCCGGUAGCUUCUCCGAGUUCUGGCCCAUCAUGACCAACAUUCUCUUUGGUCUUCCGCAGAUUCUGUCCUGCUUCACCGACUGCAUAGCCGCCACGAUGCUCUCGUACGAGAAGCCGGAGGCCGACGUUCUUCUGCGCCCUCCCCGCAACGUCGAGAAGGACCGCCUCGUCAACUGGCAGCUCAUCCUGCACUCGUACGGGCUGAUCGGCAUCAUCCAGACCUUGGCAUCGUUCGCCAUGUCAUACUGGUACCUGCAGCGCAAGGGCAUCCCCUUCAAGGAGCUGUGGUUCGGCUUCGGCGAGAUCCCCCCCGGCAUCGACGAGGAGUACUACACGCGCAAGCUCAGCGAGGCGUCGUCCAUCUACUUUGUCAACCUCGUCGUCAUGCAGUGGUUCAACCUCAUGACCACCAGGACCAGGCGCCUCAGCAUCUUCCAGCACCCCCCACUGUUCAACCGCCGCACCCAGAACUGGUACCUCUUCCCGGCCAUCUUGUUUGCCCUGGCCAUGGCCAUCAUGUGGCUAUAUAUCCCCCAGCUUUACCCUAUACUGGGCACAACCCCUGUUCCGGUCGAGCAUUGGUUUCUCCCGUUUGCUUUUGGAAUAUUUCUCAUCGUGCUGGAUGAGGCGAGGAAGUUUUUGGUCGCCAAGUUUCCGGGGUCUUGGCUUGCUAAAGCUGCUUGGUAG